UAAUUCAGGCUACCAUGUUGGAUUUUAAAAAGAGCAUAAGAAUUAACAUUCCCUGCAUUAAUUAUUAUCGCUUGGUCACUUAAGGAUAUAAUAUAUGAAAAAAAUAGCUUUCCAUAUAAGCGCCGGCGUUCGCCUGAUAGCGGCAUUUAGACGCGACCGCCAUACAGUACACUCGUGUUUACGUGAAACUAGUUCUUUUUUAAUAAAAAUGGCGAAAAUCCUCGUAACAUUAGCAUUAUGUUUAGUGGGUGUUGUUAUCAUUCAAGGAGCACCAUCACCAUCGUCCUAUGAUGACGUCAUUGCUGCGGCAAAGGCUGGACAGUGGGACCAAGUUCAAGAUUUGUUGAGCAGCGAUUUGGCGAAACAGGAAGUUUUUAAGCCUCUAUCCUUCAACAACGUGCGUAACCUGAAGCCGGUCCCCGACGGCCAGGUGUACGGCGAGGCCGAGUACUCGUACCACACCGCCUCCAACAUCAACGGCCAGACAUUAGAAGACGCCGGCGGACACAAGGUCAUCAACAACAACGGAAAAGUUAGAGAGUUCAACUUCACACCUGAUACUGAUAAAUUCCGAAAGGCCUACCCAAAACCCGCCACAGGUCUGGGCGCCCUGCCGCCGCUGCCGCCUCUACCCUCAUACGGCUUCUAAACCCUGACACCCAAGCCCCUGAAUCAUAUCACACGUUCAAAAGAAAACAAUAGAUUAUAAGAAACUAUAUAACAAAGGAAAAUCAAAAUAUUACGUAAUAUACAUAUCAAUUUUUAUAAUUAAACAAACGUAAAAUGAGCAUGAAUAAUUUAAUAAUGAUGAAAUGUUGUAUCCAUUUUGCAUCCGUGAUUGAAACUUUUUGAAACAAAUGAGAUUAUUUGAAGUCGUUAUUUACUGUGAUUGUUCUUAAUUAUUAUAAAUGUAAAUAAAUUAAUUUUUAAACUU